GCGUUGCGAUCUGUGGUGGUCCGAAUUUUGUACCAAUUGUGCGCCGGCCGCCGCAAUUCGAAACGCGGCCUGACACCCCUAUUUACCACUUACCACCCAAAAACACAUGUCCCGAAACAAUUUAUCUCAAUUGACUAUUGAGCCAAUAUCGAAGUCUUGUGUAUAAUAGUGCACUGAAUCAUGGAAACUCAUUUUUUCUCAGUAUUUUCGUGAUGGAAGUGAUGUAAUUACAAUAAUAAAUAUACCUUUAAACUAACCUAGUUUACCAAAAAACUAGCAAAAGGAGUCGACCAAUCGAGAAAGUUGACUAAUUGACAAAUCGAACGAGAUUAGCAGUGCCGUAACAAAAUUGGAAAUUUUUGAAAAAAAUUGAUUAUUCUCAAGAAAAUCAAUUGGAAAAAUUUUGAACAAAAAAUGGCAGGCCAAACACAGCCUUUAACUUCAAAGAAAGCAGUGGUUCUGGAUUUUUCGUCAGCGAUAAAGCUAUCCAUCGGCAGUCAAAUGACAACCGAGAGAGCAUUGAUGGCAAAAAACGAUGCUUGGCACAGGAUCAUGAUAACAAGAGGAGCAAAAUAUGACAGAGAAAUGAUACUGAGAACAAUAGUGUCUGCGGUGGAACCAGCUGAUUUAAUCCCAGUAAGGUAUCAAGUGGUCGGAGAAGAUGCUUAUUUCAUAGCCAGAAAUUGUGGUGCAGCAUUGGAAACUCUGUGUCGCUCAAAUUUGAUAAUAAGCAUACCAAACGGGGAUUCAAUAAUUCUUACAGUAACCCUAGCAUUUGCCUCGAUUCAUGAACUUAAAAUAAACAUUCAACCAAUUGUGCUUGCAGCGCUGACAAGACGAUACAAUUCCGAUUUGAAAUAUUUGAAUCUGGAUAAUUUCCAUCGAGAUCCUGAAGUUGAAAGGACUGUUUAUUGUCCGUUAUCGCAACCAAAGACAUUGAGUCAUACUCUCAAGCUUGCAAAAACAGCUCUCGGCCCUGUGGAACAUCUUAGUUUGAAGCGAAACAAUUUGACACAUUUACAUGCAAUGGAGAACUCUAAUUUAAUGUCUCUGAAAAGUCUGGACAUACGUCACAACAAUUUAUUAGUCAUGAAUCCUCUCAGUUCUCUAAAAAAUCUUUCCAUAGAGGAAUUGUUGCUAGAUGGCAAUCCGCUUUGUGAAAAUUAUGCUACUGAAAAAAGAUACAUAGAAGCGGCCAAACUGUAUUGCCCACACUUGAAGAAACUCGACGGUGUGGACCUCGAACCGCUUAAAUUGCCAACCUUUCGUGAUAAUUAUUACCAACAAGGCAGCGUCUCGCGAAAAAUCGUAGACCAAUUUUUAACUCACUUUUUUGGUAUCUAUGAUUACGAAGAUCGUUCUUUGCUCUCACCUCUCUAUUCUAGAAAUUCGUUGUAUUCCUUAACUCUUGGAAUUACUGCAGAAUGUCAGAAACAUGCUAAUUUCGGUGCUUUCUCAUCAGAGAAUCGGAAUUUACUGGACACACGGGAUUUGAGGAAAUUCCGAAGAUUACUUUAUCACGGAGGUGAAGAAAUAGUGAAUGCUUUCAAAAAACUGCCUGAAACUCUCCACGAUCGAAGAAACUUCCGCUAUGAUGUUAUGUGGGAAGAUCAUCGACGUCUACUUGUUAGCAUCGAAGGAAUGUUCAAAACAACUUCUAAUUCUUCCGUUCCGAAUGGCAUUUACGCUUUCUCGCGUACUUUCCUCCUGGUUGGACGAGUUGACAACGAGUACAAUGUUCUCAAUGAUCAGUAUCAUAUUUCCGUUCCACAUCCACUCGCUAUGGUGUUCUUCGAUUUAGAUAAUUCUGCUUUUAAAGAAACUAAUGGUAAUAAAAAUACACUUUUUUAAUAUACUUCACCAAAAAAACUGUGCCUUUUUCAUACAAACUAUUCCAGAGUCAGAAAUGUAUUAAAAAUUGCACCGUUGGAACAGAAGGGUUCGAUUUUCAUAACUUUCAUUAAAAAUGUGUAAAUCUUAACUUCCAUUGUAGUUUGAGAUGUAGAUUGAAAAGGUGAAAAUGUUCCAUCCGCAACUAUAGACACACUCCAUAUCUUUGAAUUUUUUGAUUUCGAGCGGUGAUCAGUUUGUAAUCAAAUUCCAGAAACUCAAGUCGAAUCAACCUUAUCAUUGAAUUUGUGGCUUCAUUUGUAGAUACGAAAAAAAUAGCAAGUAAAAACCCCCAUGAGAAAUAAAUCAUACCAUAUUAACACCUCGAACUGUAUAUUUUUGUAAUAUUUCGUUUUUAUUUAACUGAAAAUUAAGAUACAUACAGUAAGUACAAAACGAAAAAAAAUCAAUGUCUUAAGUACUAUAAUAAAAUGAAUACUAUAAAAAAGAAACGGAGUUCGCGAGACUGAACAGUUUUAAAAAGAAACAUGAUUAGUAAAACAUGGCUGCAUGAAAAAUGAAUUAUCUGCGAAAACUCGUGGACGUCAACAUAUGUAUAUAUAUGUACAAUAUAUAAAAUAAAUAAGACUUUGUAAAUAGUCA